AUGUUUACAGCAUAUCACACUAUACCGCGAUACCACAUUCAAUCCCUUCUCAUAUCAUUCAUCCAGGAAAAUCAAGAAACAGAAAAAAAAGGGUUAAAAAGGUGGAACUGUGGGAGUGUUAUGUAUGUUUCACGAAGUACAAAUACGAGAAAUACGUGUCUUUUCCCCUUACGCACACUUAUAAAAGACAAACGACAACAUCAACAUUUCAUCACAUAA